AUGAUAAUUGAAACUCGAGAAAGUCAUUCACGCCUCCUUCAUAUUUGUGAACGUCGUCCUCGUCGUCGUCAUCAUACAUUAGAUAAUGCAACAUUAGAUCAAUUUAAUUUUAUUUGUGUACCAUUAAAUCUUGAUGAGACGCGGAUUAAUUCGUCAUCGUCUCAUUCUAAUUUAACUAGUACAUCUUCAAACGAUUGCUCAACUUCAAAAACAACAAGAUUAUCAUCUCCUACACGUCGUGUUCGUUUUAAAUUUGAUGACAAUGAUAAAAAUGGAGAUGAUUAUAAUGAUGAACAAAUACGUUCAUCAGAUGUUAUUCGAUUUCCAAAGAAUUAUUCAACUCAUCGUGUUGAAUUUCAAAUUCCUAUUCAUAUUGAUAUCAACCCAUGGUUAAAUAUUGAUUGUUCAUCUACAAUGUCUACACCAGCUAAAACACGUUCGUUAACAUCACAAAAAAUUGAUAUUAACUAUAAUAAUAAUAAUAAUAAUAAUAAUAAUAAUAAUAAUAAUGUAAUGCAUCAACAAAGCAUAACAACAUUCAUCAAUUCUCCAAUAGUACAUGUCCUUCUUGUCAAAUUACCUCCUACAUCUUCUCGAUAUCGAGAGUAUUAUCAGCAUCAAGACGAACAACAAAAUCCAUAUAAACCAACAUAUACAUUUCCUGAAGAAUUUGACGGUAAUUUAGAACGUAUGGAAGACUAUAUGCGAAAAGCAGCUUCGCAAAAUAUCGACGAUGAUUAUCGACAUAUCUCUGCUUCACCUGUGCGAACAUCAACUACACCUAUUAAAGAUCAUAAAACAAUACCGAAACGAAAUCCAGAAAAACUAAUACGUGUUGAUGAUCAAUUAUCAUCACCAACAAUGACAGCAUCUUCGAUAGAACAAGCUAAAUCAAGUAAUGAUGCUUCGACAUUAUCAAAAAUGAUCAAUUCAAGACCAAAUACUAACUAUAUACGAACACCAUCAUCAAUAACAGAUGAUGAACAAAAAUCGAUCUAUAAACGAAUAUUACGUGGUGGAGAUAUUCCAUCAGCUGGUUUACAAAAAUUUUCUAUUAACAAUCGAGUUUCAUCUUCAUCAAGACAGCGUCCCUUAAUUCUUACAAAUAAUUUUCAACCCUCACCGAAAUUAUUUGCUUAUUAUUCUGUACAUUGGGAGCAAAAUCAAACAUGUCAGUUAUCUGAUUUAAUCGACAGUAAUAUGCGUUUCGAAAUAAAUUCAUGUUUAUAUUUUCAAAAUAUAAAUAAUAAUGAAGAUGAUAAUGAAUUGGAACAAAUACAUGAAGAUGGUUGUGGAUAUGUUAUAACUUAUCCUUCUCAUAUUCAUCCAACCGAUAAUUUACAAAUCUAUAAUUUUGAUCGUACAAAAAAUUUUCUUUUAACAUCGAAUGAUGUUUAUUCUUACAACUAA